AUGGCCUCCAAUCUAAGUGAAUCGAUUGUACUAUUACAAAAUCAAAUGAAUUCAGUGCGCGAUCAAUUUCAAAUUGUUGUUGAGCAAUUUGAAGCGGAAAAACUUCAAUUUGACGCUGAUAAAUCAUCAUUUUUAAAAGACAAGAAAUGUUUCGAUCGUGAACGUUCGAAAUAUGAGAAUGAACUACAACAAAUGAAAAAAUUUCAAGUCAGUGAUAAUGAUAUCAUCUAUCUCAAUGUGGGCGGAGAAAAAAUGUGUACAUUACGUUCAACGUUAAUACAAAUACCUAGUACUGUGUUGUCAAUGAUAUUUAGUGGUAGAUGGGAAGAAAAAAUUUUAAAAGAUAAAGAUGGAUAUGUAUUCUUGGACUAUGAUCCUCAAUUGUUUAAGUUGUUGUUAAAUCAAUUACGCGAAUGGAACGGUAAACAAUUGGUGAAUGAAAAAGAUAAAAUUGUUUUUGACAUGCCUGUUGGUUUAGAAGUACAAUUUGCAAAAUUGAUCAGACAAUUGGGUUUUGAGCAAGAACAAUUGACACCGGAAAAAUUUUCAAAAAUAUUUGGCGGUGUUAAAAUUGAACAAGACGGAAAAUCAGUCAUACAUGAUGGCAAUGGUUCAUCACAUUCAGAAAUUCGUGGUGCAAAAUUGUAUUCGUAUGGUAUUCAUCGUGUUCAAUUAAAAAUUGAAAAAAUGAGAAAUAAUUAUUGGAUAUUUAUAGGUAUUAUAUCGAGUUCACAAACUCAAAUGCAAUUGGAUUCAUUUCAUUCACCUACAGCAUAUGGUUGGGCAGCAUCGAAACCAUGUGUCUAUCUCAAUGGCCAACGUCACGAUGGUUCUUAUGGAUCAUACGACGGUAAUUUAUGUGAGCAAGAUACCGUUGAUUUAUUAAUCAAUUGUGAUAAAAAUCAAAUUCAAUUAUUAAAUCGUCGCACAUUAAAAACCUAUGAAAUUUUAAUAGAUCCCAAUUUCUGUCCAAAACCAUGGCAAUUGCAUUUAAAUUUAUAUUAUAUUGAUGAUAAAGUAUAUCUAUUAUCUUAG